ACGUAAGCUAGACAUAAAAGCGCACUUCUCUUUCACAAUCGGUCACAAACAACAUUGGAGCAAAAUCCCCUUGUAGAGACCCAUGUCCUUCAAAGUUCAUUGAAAACAAUCACGUCAUGAUACCCAAAUAUCUGGGAAAUUCCCUACUAGAUUGGAAAUUCUACAAUCCGCUUGCUUGAGUUUUCUAUCUUGCUCCAGUGUCCUCUCUCAAAAAGCAAAACCAUCAACUCUUUACAAAUGUAUCACCAAAAUCACCAAAACGUAUUUGUAUACUAGUUUUUUKGGGGGGGAUAAACUAUCAAUGACAAACCAGACAUGGAUGUGUUUGGGUUAAAUGCGGAAGACACAUUUCAGUUGAAUGCAUUCAGUUGUACAACUGACCCUUUCCCUUUUCUUACUGUCAACAAUAUAUUACAUAUAUUUAUUGUAUCUCUGCGGUCACAAAAAAACUACUGUCGCAUGUGGGCGUGUCUAAAUCCCUCCAUGCCAAUUUCCCAGCAAAGGCGUUCAAAGAUACCGCAAAGUAAAAAUAUGGGCAGCAAAACCUAUAUAUUUCAACUUGUCUUUUUCGUGUUUUACUUUMAUUUUUGUCGCGUUAUUAAAUAUGAUGGUAUAUAUUUGCUACUUGACACGUGAAACCAAUUAUAGCAAAGUACUUMAGAUGGUGCCAGAAUGUUGCGGUCCUUUUUGAAGAGUCAAUGAGCUUGUUUUAGUGGUAAGACUGAAGCAACCGACUGCAGAAGAAAGUCCAGAAGGACAGCUGGGGAAAGUGCAUCUGCGCCACCCACGCCUGCAUGGCUUGCCGUUAGGGGUUUUAGGCUGAGUUUCUGUACAGMACUUUGUGACAUAGGCUGAUGUAAGAAGGGCUAUAUAAAUAMAUUUGAUUGAUUAAGUCGGACAAUGAUGUGGCUGGGCUCAGUGCARCAUGGCAGUGUUGCCAUUGUUUUAUAAAGUAUUUCUUUGUAAUUUCGAAAUAAACAUAUCUCAAACCUCCAUAUUAAACACUCACAAACUGUAAAUAUGUGUGUACAUUGUACUUUUAAUUGUUGCGAGAGAGCCUCAAAUAUCACAUUCAAUUGUACAUAUCCACAUGAAUGCGGGUCACAUCUUCGGUCAAGUUCGCGUGGGUCAAACAAAACUGAACAUUGCWGUCGAAACUUCAUGACCUUUGAUCACAUGGUUGUUGUGAAGUUCAUGCAGUCGACGUGAGGAGCAAAUCGGACCGUUUUUAUCCCCAUAAUGUAUCGCACUUUGAAAUGCGACUUGACAAAAGUGGUCCCCUCGAACGAGCCCAAUCACAACGCCAUAACGUUCGGAUCCUGAAUGUAACUCAAAAGAAACCCGGAAGGGUCUUGUCAUCCUAUGCCUUCACAAAAUUACAACAACGGACACAGAAACCACCGCUUUCGUAGCUACCUAAACGUAAAAUGUAAACAUUGCUGUCCUUAUUUUAAAUCAGUCAGUUAUAUUGUAGCACGCUACUAGCUAACUAAUGACGGACAGGGUCAAGAAUAUGCCCCAAUGCGGUGUCGGUAUAAAUCAGUCACCGGUUGUUUUGGCGUGGAGUGGUUGUUCGUCCCUAACGUUACUCGCUAGAGAGUUGGACACAUUGAUAGAAAUGGACAGUCUAACAUUUUUUUGUUAGCAAAAAUUCAAGUCACAGUUUUUUUUUUCGACGUCCAGUUGCAAUCAUUAACACUGGCAGCGCGAGCACAUUAUAUCAAACCUGCAGGUCAAACGUCAUUACGUGAGCUAGCUAGCUUUUAAUGGAACAUUUAUGAAUCURUACUCGGCUCUGUCAAGCCACCAGGGUCUUUUCGUUGCGUCGGGAACAGGAACUCUCAAUUCCGCUUUCUCUUUUAGGCAGAGGAGGACAAGCUAUUUUCAAGAGGUCCUUAUUGUAGGUUCACAAUAAUUAUGGAGCAGCAGCACACGGGCUGUGUGAACCUUUGUAGUCUCACGAGCACUCUACCGGUGAUCCCCUAUCAAAAAUUGACGGACUUGCAUUACCUGAGUAAAGGUGGGUUCGGAACCGUAUUCAAGGCACAGCAUUGCGAUUGGCGGACCACCGUUGCCAUCAAGUGUCUGAAAUUGGAUUCUCCUGUUGGCGAAAGGGAGAGGAAUUGCCUGCUGAAGGAGGCGGAGGUGCUUCACAAGGCCAGGUUCAACUACAUCAUCCAAAUCUUUGGCGUGUGCAACGAGCCCGAGUUCUUCUGCAUCGUCACUGAGUACAUGAGCAAUGGCUCUCUGGAUCAGCUGCUUCACGAGAAGACAGUGUACCCCCUGCUGGCCUGGUCGUUGAGGCUGCGUGUCCUGUACGAGAUAGCUCUAGGGGUUAACUUCCUACACAAYAUGACCCCACCCCUCCUGCACCACGACCUCAAGACGCAGAACAUUCUGCUCGACGGAGAGUUUCAUGUCAAGAUAGCAGAUUUUGGCCUGUCUAAGUGGCGUCAGCUGUCCAUCAGUAAAGGGUCAGGAUCCAAGCCACCUGAGAUGGGGGGCACCGUCAUCUACAUGCCACCCGAGGCUUAUGAACCCUCCAAGAGCCGCAGGGCAGACGCYAAACACGACAUGUACAGUUAUGCUAUCAUUAUGUGGGAGGUGCUGGCCAGGAGGAUACCAUUUGAAGAGGCGACCAACCCCAUGCAGAUCAUGUUCAGCGUGCUGCGGGGKGCACGUCCGGAAACAGGCCUGGACUGUCUGCCAGGGGACAUCCCCAGCAGGGAGACACUCAUCAACCUCAUGACUUUCGGCUGGACCGCUAACCCAGACGAACGGCAAUCCUUCCUCCAGUGUGUGAUGGAGCUGGAGCCAAUGCUGAGGAGGUUCGAUGAAAUCAACGUCCUGGAGGCCGUGCUGGAGGUCAAGAAGUCAAAGCUGAUGAGGCGGGCCAGUUGUUACUCUGCCACACCCGUGGUGUGUGAGAGGGGGAGAGACGAGGAGAAGUCUCUGAACAUUCUGAAGAACAACCCCAGUCCCUGGCCAGGAAGCUCCACCUCUGGCUCUGGGUCUUGCUCCUCCCAGGACACGGACWUCUCCCAACCAAGYUCCCUCACUAGCACCAAUGCUCCGCCUUCUAAAGAAGUGUCCCCCUCGAUGUUCAUGCCCCACACCCUGGAGCCUCCGCAGCCCCUCAGAGAGCAGAGCCCGGGGGACAACAACCUCAACAACUACCCCCAGAGCGCCAGGCCCCUGGAUGAGCUCAACAUUCCCCUCAAACCAGAUCUGCCUGAAACGGAGUGUGUGACGUACCUGGACAACCUCACCCUGAAGCCACAGCCAUACCAACCCCAGCCAGACUUCAACCCACCUUCGGACCCCCCCGACCUCACGCUGGGCCCUGUGGCGCGCUGGAUCGCAGCACGGCGCGAGGAUAUCGUUUCCCAGAUGACGGAGGCCUGUCUGAACCAGAGCCUGGAUGCCCUGCUGGCGCGCUCUCUCCUGAUGCUYGAGGACUACGAGCUGGUGGUGAACCGGGCCACGCGUACCGCCAAGGUCCGCCAGCUCCUUGACACCUGCCACCGCCACAGCGAGGACUUCUGCCGCGUGGUGGUCCGCAAGCUCCAGGACAACAAGCAAAUGGGCCUGCAGCCGUACCCCCCAGAGCUCAGCUCCCCUGUCGCCGUGCCAAGCCCCAGCGCACCCCCACUCUCUGUGUCCUACAACAACCCUAGGAAAUACUAGAACAGAACUAGACCAGAGACUAAACUGUUCCAAGACUUUUAGCUCAUUGAGCUAGGUAGUGGAAGAAGCCUCUACGGUCUGUUAGUCCUGGGUUAUAUUCAUUAGGCACCAAAUGGAAGAAAACUGACUGAAACAGGGAGGGACUACCUAAACUUGUCCAAUAAGACACUUGUUUUCCAUUKCACAUUGUUUUGCUACGGUGUGCACUAGUGAAUACGACCCUGGGUUUUGACUGUGAACUUUGAAUUUAGUGUGGUAGGGUCAAGCCCAGCUGUCGUUUCAUAUUGCKCAUCAUGGUACCUACUUUCCUGCCCACUCACACAGGACAUUACUCUGUUGCUACUGUUCAUUGAACUGAAGGUUCCUAGAAGUUGAGCUUAAGGACUUGAAGGUAAAGAUGCCUUUUUGGAAAAACAACCAGUAUUCACUAAGUUUCACCUGUUUUCUGAAAGCAGAGAACUGGUUGGGAUUAGCAAUCAUAAUCAAAAACCUGUUAGAAUUUAAUCCAKGCUUUGAAGAAUUAUAUUAUGGAUUUUAUGUAAUUUGUCAGGUAAAUCAUCUGGUUCUCUUGAAGCAUUCCCUAUAUUCUGAGUGAUUGGGGUACGGGCCUGAGUUCUGCUUCUAUGCAUCUUUCUGUUAUUGUUGUCCCCCCCUUUGCACUGAAUGGUGUUAUCCAGAGAAAUACUGUAUAUCCAGAGAGACCGUAUAACAUCAUACUGAUCUAAGGCUCUGAUUUCACUCUUUAUUGAGUGGACAUUCUAGAACAGGGGUAUUGAGCUCUCACACUACGAGGUCCGGAGCCUGCUGGUUUUCUGUUAUACCUGAUAAUUCAUUUCACCCACCUGGUGUUCCAGGUCUAAAUCAGUCCCUGAUUUAAGGGGGAACAAUGAARAAAAGAUAGUGGGACUGGCUUCGAGGUCCAAAGUUGAGUUUGAAGGGUCUAGACUCUACGGGUCUGGAUGGGACCCAAUUACUGUGACUGAAAUUCUGUAGUUGACCCUCCGAUCCGGGUCUAUGUAACUACAGCUGAUAGACCAGAGUGGACAUGAAUGGAUCUGACCACGUCUCUGCAUUACCUAAAAUGUUUUAUUUUACGCUAAUAAGGUGAAUCUAUUGACUUAUGGAGAGCCAACAUAUAAAGACCUAUUUAUUAGCCAGAAGAUAAACUUGGCUGAUUUAACAUACAUUUGUCACUCUGGUACAAUCAGAUCUGGUCUAGACCCUGACCCUUUAAGGUAUGGGUCCGGUCUACGUUUGGUUGUUCUCGGGUCUGUUUGGGUCCAGAUGCCCCUUUAAAAAAUAUAUAAUAUCCAGGUCUGAUAAGGUACUCGACUGGACUUCUGCAAUUUUGAAGUUACUGUAGCUUUGUAUUUUACUUUUUUUUUUUUUUUUUUAACCACUGCCUUUUCAAGACAGAUUUUAUUUAUCUUAUAAAGGAGCUUGCGUUGACAUAGGAUAGGCCAAGUCAGUGGAUUUAGGUUUGGUGUGUAGAUGUAGCUACUGUAGAGUUAAUCCUUGGUCUUCAUCUUAACACAUUUACAUAUGGUGACAGACACAAUAACACUGUAGCCAGAAAGCGGAAAAUAAGGUAAUGUAGCUAAUGUAGAUCAGAGUGUACCAGGAUCUGUCUGUAGCUAUUUUGGUACUCUCCUUGGACUCAAUGGUCUCCGUUAUGGGUGGUUUUUGUAGACAUGUUUUUUGCGAUAGAGGUCRUGGCCCAUACUUGUUACAGAAUCUCUGUUUGAUCUACAUGUUUUGGUACAAGACCAGUGAAGGGAUAGAGCAGGUUUUAGUCAUUGAGCCAAGUGCUAAAUAUAGAAACAUGUCCCUCAGCAGCUUAGAGCUGUGGUUGGUUAUCCUGCACUUUGACAAAAACAUUCAGCCUCAGAUUGUGGCACUCUGGGUGUGUGAUGCUAAAGUAGAGUCAUUCAGAGCUGAAGUUUCCAUCAUCCAGUGCUUUAAGCCAGGGGAGGGGGAUCCCUACAGUAGAWACCAGUCACAGAGGAAGCAGCCAGGGACUCUCACUGAAGAGACUGGUUUAUGUCUGUCUAAAGUGGGUCAAAGCAAACUCUUUUACGUAGAACACUUAAUCACUUCAUGAAUUGCAUGGACUUCGUAUUUCAUUCAGUGAUCUAUCCUCAGUUUUGUCAGCACAUGACAGGUCUCGAGUAGCAAAGGGCACUUCCUGGGACACAUGACUGGAAAUUGAAUCAUACUAUAGCUUUUAUACAAACUUAAUCUAUAUACCAUAAAGUAAUUACACUUAAGUCACAGUCAAAUGUAACUAUCUGCUCUAGGUUGGUGGUCAUUCUCAGCCUUGAGGCUGUAGUUGGAGCAAGCAUAGGGGCCAACUAAAUCUAAGCGCUAUAACUAGCUAGCUACAAUGUCCCCUCAAUCUGAGCGCUAGCUAGCUACAAUGUACCCUCAAUCUGAGCGUUAUAGCUAGCUGUCAACAAUGCACACUACCGCCUGUAGAAGCCUCAGCAGGGACCCUGUGUUACGACUGUUUCUCACCUUGGAGCUCUUCUCUGCUAAUACAUAUCCAGAAAUGACUAAGUGCCAAAAUACACUGUAGUUAAGCAAUUUCCUGAUAAAACAACUUUUCCCGUGGUUACCUCA